CAAACCCGACUCCGUCCAUCGUGACCUUUCUCCUUCGACGGAGCACGAAGUAGCAAUAUUUGACAUUUGCUGUUGGUUGAGGAUAUGAGGGAGAUUGUGACAAUUCAAGUUGGUGAAUUUGCAAAUUAUAUAGGUUCACAUUAUUGGAAUUUUCAGGAUGAGUUGCUUGGGUUGGCUGAAGAACCUCAGGGAGAUCCUGUUUACAAGAGUUCGUUGCUGAACAUGGAUGUGCUUUAUCGAAGCGGUGAAACGUCACAGGGCAUUCUUACUUACUGCCCGCGCUUGCUAUCAAUAGGUUAUAAAGGAACACUUGGGUCCUUGAGUUCUUCAGGUUCAUUAAACCCUCGAAUUUCACAGCCUGAUACCUUAGAGAUUGUCACCUGGCCUGGCAAUGUAACCCGAUACACAGCUGAACCUCGAGAAAAGAACAUAUUUUUGCAAAGUUUGUGUGAAGAAGGGACAGCAAAUCUUACUUCUAAUGUUGCAGAUCAAGGAAGUAGCCAUCCCCAAAGGCAGAUCACGGAUAAAGAGCGCAUUGAAUGCCUUGAAAAUGGAGUUCAGUAUUGGACAGACUUUUCUAAAGUUCAGUUUCAUCCACGUAGCUUGUAUGAGCUACAUGGUUCCUGGACUGAUGUUGAGAAAUUUGAUAACUAUGGAAUUGGAGAAGAAAUCCUGUCAGCUGGUUUCCAGAGUGAAGAGAUGAAUGAAAGGCUGAGGUUCUUUAUUGAGGAAUGCGAUCACAUCCAGGGUAUCCAAUUUAUUGUUGACGACUCAGGAGGUUUUUCAGCCAUUGCUGCUGGUUUCUUGGAGGACAUUGCUGAUGAGUACUCAAAUACACCUGUAUUGCUCUAUUCAGCACGAAGUCCAGCUUCUUAUAAACUUGGAAAAAGCCCAAAGGAGUCUGUUUCAAGAGCUCUUCAUGAUGCUGUAUCAUUUUCAAGGCUAUCUUCUUGUUGUAAACUGAUGGUACCAGUCGGGUUGCCUUCUUUGAGUAGAAGUAAAUUCUCAUCUACACUAUUUGUUGAAGACCAGAAGCUUUUUCAUAGUAGUGCUAUUUAUGCUGCUUCAAUACACUCAAUAAGUAUUCCCUUUAGGAUGGAAUCGCAUGGAGUGAAUGCAGAAACACUGUAUAUUUCUGGUGCAAUGGAUGUGGGUGGGAUGGUACAGAUGUUAGCCGGACAAGCUAGGCAAAACAUGAUAACCAUUUUGGAUUUAGCAAUGCCAGCCCAUUUCUUGAAUGAUGCAAAUAAUCAGUCAACCAUCCUAAGAAGUUUGUGCUCGUUGACUCCUGAAAUUGAAGAGAAUAAUGAUGAUUUGCAUUCAAUUGAAUCCUUGAUUGUACAUGGUGCCUUUUCAGGAGAUCGAAGGGCCUCCAUUUCUGAGGUUGAGAAGUUUAUACACACUGAAUACCAGAAUGAGCUCCCGAAACCAAAGCUCUACCAUCUCACUGCUGCCUCCUGUCCUCUUCCCAUUCCUCUACCUUUUCCGUCCAUCUUCAAUAACCGCGUAGGACGGCUCGGCGAACUGUCUACGACUCGACUCAGAGGAGCUGAGCGACGGGGUUCCUUGGAAGUUGAGUCAAUUCCCAUGGCUGCUCGGCUUCGAUCCAGCAGCGCCGUCAAGCCCAUUAUAGAGACAAGGCUGGGCAGUCUGCGUAGAUAUGGCUUGCAGAGAGGAGGAUUUGGUGUAGAGUUGCUCAGAAGCUGGGGAUUUGGUAAAGAGGAGGUGGAGGAUAUGGGGGAAGCCUUGGGAAAAAUGAUGAUGUUGUUAGAUCCCAAUGCUUAUGGAGCAUCAUCAGAUUUUGAUUCAGAUUAGCAUGAUUGCUGAGUUUUGUAAAUUAUAUAUUGCCAUUUUGCUUUUGAUGAAAGGUGGGCGUUUGAAAUGUUUUGUUUAUUGCGCUUUUUUGGGAACCUAUUGAUUAUGUUGAAUUAGGCUUAUUCACAUAUUUAUAAUUUUUUUUUCUUGCAAAUUUGAGUAA